CCGAAGCUGCCUCAGCGGACGAUAAAGACACCUUCUACAACCAGCUCCAGACCGUGCUUGAGGAGAUCCCCUGACAUGACAUCAAAAUGCUGAUUGGAGACUUCAACGCAAAACUGGAUAAUGACAGAAGGGGCCUGAAUGCCACAGUUGGACCGCAUGGGUUUGCGAGCUCCACGAACGACAACGGGGAGAGACUGUUGAUGCUAACCAGUACCAACGGCCUCAGCAUUGGCAACACCUUUUUUGAGCACAAGCGGAUCCACAAAGUAACCUGGGUUUCACCUGGUGGCGGGACCCGGAACGAACUGGACUACAUCUGCAUCAACACAAGGUGGCGCUCGUCAUUGCUCGACGUUCGCUCCUACAGAGGUGCGGAUGUGGGUUCAGACCACUUCCUUGUGGUGAGUAAAAUCAAGCUGAAGCUGAAGAAGGUGAAAAAGGUGCAGCCCAAGAGACCUUACGCGGUGGACAAGCUAAAGAAUAAAAACUUCUCCGAACAUUGAGGACCAGUGGAGUAUGUUCUCUUGUGCCAUUGCU